AUGAUAAUUCCUACAAAACCAGAUUUGUAUCCGCCCUUGCUACUAGUUAUGCUACUAGUUAUCCUAGAGCAUCAAAACGUGAAAAAGGAGAGAUCCUGUCUCUGGGGAAUAUCCUCGAGGCCUGCUGUGAGAUUGAGUGUGGACAUGGACGUGGACACGCAGUGGAGCUGCACCAGCACUCCGGCACCGUUCAAAGUGUACCGUGCCAGAGACGCUGCCACAAUGCAAGAUAUCGACAUUCGAUACCCUCCCUACUCCGUAUACACUUCACUCAAUAUGGGAUCGCUCGGCGUCAGCGAUAUUUACGCCCCCAAUGGCGUGAAAGGCUCUUCAUACCAAAUUAUCGAAAAACCAAGCCGGAUCGCAAGGAAGAUCCGCAUCAUCGUUAUGGGAUGCGGCGCCAGCGCAAUCAAUUUCGUGCACGAGGUCGAUAACAGCCGGCUGAACCCGACUAUUUUGCUCGGUGGGAAGGAGUAA